AUGGCCACCCCCACUGUCCUGACUUUUGACGCUGAGGGUCGCGCCAUUGACUUUGCAGUCUGGAUUGAGGACCUGCAGCUGUACUUACUGUGCGAUGCGAUCGAUGAGGUUUCUCUCUUUAACUUUGUCUCUGGCACUGUCCCUGCCCCUCCUGCUGAUGCUGACCCCACUGUUCGCUCCAAGUGGGCCACACGCGAUGCUGCUGCACGUCUUGCUGUGCGUCGCCACCUCCCUUCCUCCGAGCGUGCACACUUUAGUCAGUGCAAGACCGCUCAGGCCUUGUACGACGCUGUAGUUGCGCGCUACUCCUCCCCUUCCACUGCUACACUGAGCCGCCUCAUGCUACCGUACCUCUUCCCUGACCUUGCUGCCUUUCCCACAGUCACUGACCUGUUUACCCACCUUCGCGCUAGUGACACUCGCUACCGAGCUGCGCUUCCUGCUGCCUUCCUCGCCGAAAACCCCCCUCCCAUGUACAUCACCCUCUACUUUCUAGUCACCCGUCUCCCUGAGUCCCUUCGUGCUGUUAGGGACCAGUUUCUCUCUGUCUGUCCCACCACCCUCACUGUGGACCUCCUUGAGAAGUCCCUGCUAGCGGCCAAGAAGAGCAUAGUCGCUGUAGGGGCCUCUCGUGGUGACCCGCGCACCCCCAUCUUUGAGGGGUGUUCUCCUUCCCCCCUGCUACCCUCUGUCGCCUCUGCUGCUGCGGCCGACCUCGUUGGUUUAGAGUCGGUCGGUGCGGCGUCUGCCCCCAGCGGUAGGCGCCGCUCUGGCAGGAGCAAGGGGGGCAAGGGAGCGGGUGGAGCUAGCGGGGGCGGUGGCGGAGGAGGUGGAGGCGGCGGGGGGAGUGGGGGUGGCGGUGGGGGUGGAGGCGGGGGUGGCGGUCCUGGUGGCGGCGGUGGAGGCGGAGGUGGCGGCGGAGGUGGUGGCGGAGGAGGCAGUGGGAGCGGCGGGGGCGAGGGUGGCGGUGGCGGCGGUGGCGGCGGAGGCGGGGGUGGCGGUGGUGGAGGUGGUCGGAGUGGCUCGUCCCAGAGGAGCGGCACUGGGGGUGGUCAGCGCCAGCAGCAGCAGCAGCGCUCUCGGGACGUCCCCGCCCCUCAGCAGCUCCGUGAGUGGUACUCGCAGCGUCAGCGUGGUGGGGCGUUUGGUCCCUGCGCCUACGUCCUUCGCACCGGCGACCGCGCGGCUAUGUUUGAUCUUGACUUUGAUGCUAUCCUUGCUGCCAUGUAUGCUGUGACUGUUAGUGAUGAUGGUGACUGUUACCGGUGCUUUUCGCCCGACCCGGGCAUUGGUACUGCUGUGUCAGGUGCCGGUGAGGCUGCUGCUCUAGGUGCCGGUGCAUCUGUGCUCUCAGGUGCUAGUGAGUCUGCCCUCUCAGGUACUGUGUCGGCUUCUGCCUCCCACACCUUCACCCUUGACUCUGGGGCGUCUCGCUCCUUCUUUCGGGACCGCACCACUCUCACGCCGCUUAGUCGGCCGGUUGCGGUGUCCCUGGCUGACCCCUCUGGGGGUCCUGUCCUGUCUCGUUUCUCCACAGUCCUCCCGUGUCCGGCGGCUCCCUCUGGCACCCUGACUGGUCUUUACCUCCCCUCGUUCUCUACAAACCUGGUGAGUGGUGCUGACCUACAGGAUGUGGGAGUCCACCAGUUCACUCCUGCUCGUCAGCGGGUGACACACUGCACAGAGGCUAGCAGAGGUCGCCACCUGGCUACGUUUACACGUCACCCAAGGUCGAGCCUGUACACACUGACCACUGCUUCUCCUCCCGAUGCUGAGUCUGGUAGAGUCCCUUCGUCUGGUCAGGUGUUUGCUGCAGCGUCCAGGUCUGGUCCUGAGUCUGCCCCCAGUUCGUGUCGCCGUCUGUCUCACGAGACUCUCCUCUGGCACCACCGCCUUGGCCACCCCUCUCUGCUUCGGCUCAGAGGCAUGGCCUCCCGUCUUCUUGUGUCUGGUCUCCCCCGGUCCCUCCCUCCCCUUCCUCAGGGCCCUGGCCCUGGCUAUGUCCCCUGUGUCGAGGGGCGCCAGCGUGCUGCCCCUCACUCCUCCCAGUUUCCCCCGACAGAGGCUCCGUUGCAGACACUUCACAUGGACGUGUGGGGCCCUGCCCGCGUCCGUGGACUCGGUCACGAGCGCUACUUCCUGUUGGUGGUUGAUGACUACUCGCGUUACACCACAAUCUUCCCCUUGCGCAUCAAGGGUGAUGUCCCUGAGGUGCUGAUCGACUGGAUCCGCGCAGCUCGUCUCCAGCUCAGGCAGAGCUUUGGCUCGGACUUUCCUGUGUUGCGUCUGCACUCGGACAGAGGCGGAGAGUUCUCCUCUGGCCUUCUGCGUGCCUUCUGUCGUGCGCGAGGCAUCCGCCACACCUUCACACUUCCGGACUCACCGCAUCAAAAUGGGAUUGCAGAGCGCCGCAUUGGCAUGGUCAUGGACGUCGCUCGUACGUCUAUGAUGCAUGCGGCUGCCCCCCAUUUUCUGUGGCCGUUUGCGGUGCGGUACGCGGCGCAUCAGAUCAACCUCCACCCCAGGGUCUCCAGGUCGGAGACCUCCCCAGCCCUGCUGUGGACGGGGAAGGUUGGCGAUGCGUCGGCGUUCCGAGUCUGGGGAUCUCGGGCGUUUGUCCGAGACUUGUCUGCGGACAAGCUAUCCCCUCGCGCUGCUCCCUGCGUCUUCCUGGGGUUCCCCCCCGACGCCCCUGGGUGGCAGUUCUACCACCCCACCUCUCGACGUGUUCUGUCCUCCCAGGACGUCACGUUCGACGAGUCGGUACCCUACUACCGCCUCUUCCCCUACCGCACUCCUUCCCUUCCCCCGCCCCCGCUCUUCUUGGUAGACGUGGUCGAGCCUGUCGAGGUCACUGGUGACUCUGGUACUGCUGCGGGAGCUGAGCCUGAGGGUGCUGAGCCUGGGGGUGCGGAGUCUGGGGGUGCUGAGCCCGGAGGGGUGCUGCGACUGGGGGUGCUCCGCCUAGAGGGGCCUUGCCUGAGGGUGCUGAGCCUCGAGGUUCUUCGCCUGGAGGUUCUCCGCCUGGAGGUGCUUCGUCGCGCCGAGAGCCACUCUCCCCACAGGAGCUGCGUGAGUGGUUUGCCCGGCGCUAGAGGCGUACUGCUGGUGCUGGAGGUUCUUCGGCUGCAGAGGGUGCUGCUGCCGCGUGUCCCGGAGGUGCUCGUGCUGUGGGUUCUGGAGUUGCUGGGCCUGCUAAGUUCUCCUGGAGCUGGUGCAGCUGAGGGUGUUGUCGUUGAGACUACUGCUGGCGGUCUGACUGGCAGUGCUCCUGGUGCUGCUGGGAGUUCUGGAGCUGCUGCUGGUGCUGCUGGAGGUGCUGCUGGAGGUGCUGCUGGAGCGGGUACUCCUGCUGGGGGUACUGGUGCUGUCCCUGCUGUUUCUGGCUCCCAGUCACAGCUACAGCCUGCCUCCCCUUUGCCUGCUCCUUCUCCCUACGCUGGUCCGACUGGAGGUCUUACUGAGCGUCGCGAGCCUGCGUCUCAUCCUGCGUCGCCUGUUCGCCCUGCACGCACUAGUGGUUGCGGUUCACGUCAGCGUCCUCCUCCUGUCCCUGGCAUGCACCGGAUGUCUCUGUGUCCGUCCACUGCUCCUCUGCGUGCCCCUUUGCCUUCUCCUCCUGAGUCCACUCUUCCUACUCUUGCCGACCCGGAGUCGGACUCUCUUCGUGCUGCCAGUCCCACUGUCACGCGUCUCCUUGCUACUGCUGUCAAUGACCCUUCCUUCGAGUCGUUUGCUGCGUCUGCCCUUGUCACUGAGCUUGUCGACUUUGCUGCGCGCUGUCGUCUAGACUACGCUGCUAGUCUUGUCGCUGAGUCUGAGUCUGCCUGCCCUCCGUCCGUCGGGGGUGAGUGUGCCCUAGGCACGGACGUCCUUGAGGACAGGCAGGAGGAGUUCCAGUGUCUGGCCGCCGCUUCACCUCAUCUCCCGUCUGUACUGCUCGCCCCAGAGGGAGACCCGGAUGCACUAGACAUCCCGACUCCGCGCUCUUACGCGGAGGCGAUAGAGGGUCCCUACUCCUCUCAGUGGCAGGCAGCUAUGGAUGCAGAGAUGGCUUCCUGGAAGUCCACAGGCACCUACGUAUACGCUGUUCCCCCUCCUGGGGCGAACAUCGUCAGUGGCAUGUGGAUCUUCAGGGUGAAGCCGCCGCCGGGUUCUCCGCCUGUCUUCAAGGCGCGUUACGUGGCUCGUGGCUUCAGUCAGCGGCAGGGAGUUGACUACUUUCAGACCUUCUCCCCCACCCCGAAGAUGACCACUCUUCGGGUACUGCUGCACGUUGCUGCUCACCGUGACUACGAGCUGCACUCUCUCGACUUCAGCACUGCUUUCUUGCAGGGCAGCCUGCACGAGGAGAUCUGGCUGCGUCGCCUGCCUGGCUUCACUGGGUCUUUCCCUCCUGGUACCCAGUGGAGUCUCCGGCGUCCAGUCUACGGUCUCCACCAGGCGCCACGUGAGUGGCACGACACACUGAGGACUACGCUGGCGGCACUUGGGUUUGCUCCUUCUACUGCCGACCCGUCGCUGUUUCUGCGCACCGACACCUCUCUGCCGCCGUUCUACAUCCUCGUGUACGUCGACGACUUGGUCUUUACCACAACUGACACUGCUGGACUCGCCCACGUGAAGUCCGAGCUGCAGAAGAGACACACGUGCACUGACCUGGGUGAACUGCGCAGCUACCUUGGCUUGCAGAUCACCCGGGACAGAGCACGCCGCACCAUUACCCUGACUCAGUCACACAUGGUGCAGCAGGUCCUUCAGCGCUUCGGCUUCACGUACUCCUCGCCUCAGGCCACUCCUCUGCCUACUCGUCACUCGCUCUCAGCCUUGCCUUCGGAUGAGUCCGUAGAGUCGAGUGGCCCGUAUGCAGAGCUUGUUGGCUGCCUCAUGUACCUGAUGACCUGCACACGACCUGACCUUGCAUACCCUCUUAGCAUUCUCGCACGCUAUGUUGCUCCUGGGAGACACCGACCAGAGCACAUGGCUGCAGCGAAGAGGGUGUUGCGCUACUUGUGCAGUACGUCGGGCAUGGGGCUAGUGCUUGGAGGGCGCAGUCCAGUGGUCCUCACAGGGCACGCGGACGCUUCUUGGGCUGACGACUAG